AUGGAGACAUUAAAAGGUGUAAGGAUUUUUGGAUAUGGGACAAUAAUACCCAUGGCGUUAAUUAAAGAAACAGAACAGCUACCAAAACAACAGGAUUCUGUAAAUGGAUCUUUCCAAAGCACAGCAUGUACUAGAACUCCAAUAGAGAUGGAGAUUGAUCGAAAAGUGCCAACGAAUACUGAUUCUUUGAAAAAUUUCACUCAUGAUAAUGAAAACACAACAACAUGGUCAGGAGUAGGAAGUCCCACGAGGAUUAAUUCUAGCAAUAACAUUCAAACAUUAGAUCAGAUAUGUAAGAAAAGGGAGAACAGUGAUAAUAAUACUAAUAAUCAAGGUAUUAAUAAUGAUUUGAAGAAUGGUGGUGUGUUAUUUAACGAAAAAUUGAUUGGGCAAAUUAUUGAAAAGGCAGAAUUUGGUAGGGUUGUUAUGGGUAUUGAUGAUAUUUAA